AUGUCGUCUUCAAAAUCUGAACAUGAACAUGAACAUGAACAUAAUCAUAAUCAUCAUCGCAAUAAACGUCGAAUAUUACGAACAAAAACUUGUCGUUUAUUAUCAAUGCUUUGUUUAACAUUUGCAUAUUUUGUUAUUGAACUUGUCGUUGGUAAUAUAACAAAUUCUGUUGCACUUGUUGCUGAUUCAUUUCAUAUGUUAUCUGAUGUAAUAUCAAUUAUUAUUGGACUAGUUGCUGUUAGAUUUGUUAAACGUGUAUCAGAUAUUAAUACAUAUGGAUGGGUACGUGGUGAAGUUGUAGGUGCAAAUAUAAAUACAGUUUUUCUUCUUGCACUUUGUUUAACUAUUAUAUUUGAUGUUAUUAAACGUUUUGUUUCACCUGAACCAAUUCAAGAUGUUAAUUUAUUACUUAUUGUUGGUGGUAUUGGUUUAGCAGUAAAUAUUAUUGGUUUAUUAUUAUUUCAAGGUUUUCAUGGACAUUCACAUGGAGGUCAUUCACAUGGUGAUACAAAUAUAAAUUCAAAUAAAAAUAUUCAAUCAGAAGUAUAUAAUGAUGGUGAAGCUAAGUUUGAAAGACAUAGUACACGAGCUUUACAAGAAGUUAUUGAAGAAAUUGAUGAUCACAAAAAUGAUGCAGUUAUUGAAAUGGAAAAGCAAAAUAAUAAUAAUGAAAAGAAAACUAAAUCAAAAAAAUCAGCAUCAAUGAAUAUGCAUGGAGUAUUUUUACAUGUAUUAGCUGAUGCUCUUGGUUCAGUUGUUGUUAUUAUAAGUGGUUUAAUAAUUAAAUUUGUUCCACAUGAUCCAGAAAAUAAGAAACAUUGGACAGUUUAUGUUGAUCCAACUUUAUCAAUAAUAAUCGUUAUCAUAAUAACAAUAUCUUCUUUAUCACUUUUUCGAGAUACAUCUGCAAUCUUACUUCAAACAAUUCCUAAAUAUCUUGAAAUUCAUCAAAUUAAAACUCAAUUAUUAGAAAAAAUUCCUGAAAUUAGUAAUAUUCAUGAAUUACAUAUUUGGCGUUUAACAAAUGAAAAAAUUAUUGCUAGUGCACAUUUACAACGAAAAACUUUAUCAAAUUAUAUGUUAAUUGCUGAAAAAGUUAAAAUUUUUUUUCAUUCAAUUGGUAUACAUUCUGUAACAAUUCAAUAUGAAUUUGAUAAUAAUGAACAAACACCAUUAUUACAACAAAAUACAGAUAGUCAAUCAAAAUUAGCUGGUGAUUGUUUACUUCGUUGUGAAAAUAAUCAAUGUGAUACUCAAACAUGUUGUACAAUAAAAUCGGUUCGUUCAAAUACAUUAUCAAAUACUAAUGACAAUACUGUGCAAGUAUUUUCUAUUACUGACUCACAAAUACAUGAUAAUUCUGUACAACCUCAAUUCUCAACUGAUCUUUCAAUUGAAAAUGAAAGACUUUAA